AUGUUCAAGCGUUGUGGCAUCACUCAUCCCCCCUAGUGGACCCCGUCGGGUACAUUUUUGGCCGACUCCAGGUUUGACUCCUUUCACUACAAUCGCCUUUUUUCAUUUCCCCUUGUCCCUAAUGAGACGCUUCUAAGGCUAUGUCUCUUUGCGUUCUUGAACCGUUGUCCUGGAUCCAAACGUCUUCUUUUUGAUGUCUUUGCUGAAGCUCCAAGUCUGUCCGUGUAA